CCCGCAGCCGGGCGCCCCCGCUCCGCCGCAGCCGCCGCCGCCGGCGGGGAGCCACCGCAGCCCCGAUGGCCAAGCAGCCCCCUGAGGUGAAAACUCAACGCGACGGCGAAGGCGGGCGGCUGCCGCCGGCGGAGGGGCCGGGCCCGGCCGCGCAGCUGCGUCCCGGCGCUCCCGCCGCCCUGCCCGGCUCCUCCGCCGCCGCCACGGCGGGGCCUCCGCCGCGGGGCCCGCCCGCCAGCCCCGGCCCCUUCGCCACCCGCUCGCCCCUCUUCAUCUUCGUGCGGAGGUCGCCGCUGCUGUCGCGCUCCUCCAGCGGCUACUUCUCCUUCGACGCCGAGCGCAGCCCCGCGCCCCUCAGCUGCGACAAGGCCACGCAGACCCCCAGCCCGCCCUGCCAGGCCCUCAGCCACUGCCUUAGCGCCAUGGCUUCCCGGUGGCAGUCUCACUCCCUAGCAGAAGAUGUACAGCCUGAAAUCUGGAUUGCACAGGAGCUGCGGCGCAUCGGAGACGAGUUCAAUGCCUCCUAUUGUCCAAGAAGGGGUUUCUUGGAUCACCAGGCGGGAAACCCCCAGGUCGUCAUUCUGCGCCUCCUGCGUUACAUCAUCCGCCUCAUCUGGAGGAUGCAGUGAGUGCUGGGCGCAUCCCGAGGCACUGGGACUUGGCCACUCCUUGGGAAAGCCCCGGGAAGGUGGAUGGAUGGAUGGAUGGAUGGACGCGGGGCUCCCAGCUUGCCCCUCCCCUGUUGGAUGAAGCUGGACAUCCCACACCAACCUGCUGGGACUCCCCGAUGCAGGAUUUGAUCCGAGAGUGGUGUUUACUGCAUUUCUCUUAACUCUUUUAGUUAUGUUUUAUUUUUCCAAAAGAGUCUCAGAGAAAAUACUCAACGGCGAUGGAAUUACUACGGUUUGUUUUUUUUUUUGGUCAUCAUUUCGGGAAACCUGUCGGCUUGCCUGGGAUAAACCCUGCAGUGGGAAAAUAGGAAAACCUGAGCCAGCUGAGGGGCAGAGCCACCUGAGCUUGCCUGGCAGGACCUUUUCAUCGCGGAGACUCGCCAGCCCUCGCCUCUCCCUUCGCCUCUGGGGCGUUUGCCCACCAAAAAGGAUGGCAAUGAUGGCAGAGGGGUUUAAAUCAGCACUUCUUUUGCCUGUAAAUACCUAAUGCUACCCACAAAUCCACCUUCAUUUGCGUCAUGCAAAUAGCCUAUUACCUGCUGACUGAUUAUUUUUUUAUAUUUUUGGUUUGUUUUGUUUUAGACUCUGCAUUUCCAGACUUAACUGUUGUCAGACUCCCAGGGUCCAAAAUAUCACAACCAACCAAACAACAACAACAAAAACAAACAAUCCACCAGGUUGCCUUUUUUUAAGAAAUUAUUUCUAUAAAACGUGUGAAAACGCUUACGUAUUGUAUAAUAUUAUAUAUAAUAUAUAAUGUUGGUGACUGAGUAGUUCAGCAAUAAGACUUCCUCAGAGGCAGGUAAAUCCCUUUUCCAGCACAGCGCAGCUUUGCACCCAGAGACAACAGCUCCUGCUGCCAGAUUUCAGGAACUGCUGUUGAACCCAGGAGGGGUUUUUAAAGUGCUGGAUUUUUAAAUGGUUUUUUGUUGUGUUUUUUUUUUUUUUUUUCUGGGAUCCUCUCUGUGUUCAGACGAGGACAGCCUGGAGCAGGGGGAUGAGCAGGAUGGGACCAGCAGCGUGAAGCCUCUGGAUGCUGGCGCGCAGGGAUGCUGCUGGAAGAGGUGAUGCCGACUGGGUAUGGAUCCACCCAAGGACUUGCCUGGCAUCCACUCCCCACCAACUGCCACCUCUCCUCCUAAACUGCCUUCCUUCCCUUGGGAAAACCCAACUGGGUGCUGGAUGCCAUCCCAGGGCAUCUCCCCAUCCACCUGGAGACCUUGCCGGAGUAGCCCCAAGGGCUCGUUGGAAGGAGAAGGUCUGUCAUCUCUGAUUCCCUUGUGGUCAUCCAGCUGCUCUGGCCACCCCUGUAUCUAUGCACAAACGCGUCUCCUCCUUCUGCUACUGGAGCUUCCCUUGUUCCAGACGCCAUGGGUUUGUUGCUGAUUUCACGAGCACCACAGGAAGAAAAAAGAGGAGGGGAUGGGGGGGAAGAGAUAUAACCAAACCCAAGCCCACCGUAGCAGUUUUUCCUGCAGUAGGUAUGCAGGGAGAGGCUGUUGAGUGCCAUGGAUGAUUAGGGUUUUUAACAAUGGACAAACUACAACCUGACCUCUAUGCACUGGCUGCCUGUGCCUACCAGGGAGGCAAGGGUAGAGAGGGCUGCCAGCCUCCUACUGCACUCUUCUGGUGGGCUGCAGAGCCAUUUUUAACUUUUGUUUUAAAUUUUUCCAUCUCUUUUUACUGUUUUUCUCAGACCUGCAAGAUGGGCAUUGGUUCCAGCAGUUGGCCUCAGCUGCAGGAGCAGGGGAUGGUUUGGAAAAAAGGUGUUUUGGAGAGGGGGCAGGAGGAACUUCUGUCCUGGUGGAGAGCCAGAGGUUAAAAUACCUGGUGUGCUUGGUUGGGGCAGGUUCCUGCUCCUUGUCCCCUUGGCUUUGGCUCACCAUAGCCUCAGGUUUCCCAUGGGAACCUUACAUGGACUUGAUAAAACUCAAAGGAAAAAAUAAAAUAAAAAAUAUAUAUAAACUUGGUAGCAGAGGGGGAAACUCAAUGAGUUUGCUUUUCUUUUUUUCUUUUUUUUUUACCCUUCCCUGGUUGAGUUUCAUCCGUGGUGGGUGGAUGAAAUGGAGCUUUUGGGUCUCACAGCACCACGCCACCAGAAUGUGUCCCUUGGAGUACACCAAAGAAAUGCCGAGCACUUUACCCCGUCCUCCCCGCUGGGCCGUGCCAGCCAGCCAUGGAGACAAAAAUUAUAUGAAUUUUAAGAGGAAAAAUAAAAAGAGGUAUUGGCACCAUCUGCCUGGGACUUCUCCACAGGAGGUGUUCCUGGCUGAAAGGUAGGCAUAGGAAAAUUAGCUCCCAAAACCCCCCAAAUUGACCCCUGUAGAGCUGUGAGUAGGGGAGAAAAAGAAGCCCCAAAAAUCUCCAAGCAAAAGAAUGAUGGUUUUAAAUAGGGAUGAUGCUCAUUUUAGCCUGUUGGCUGACUGUUCUGGGUCAUAUUUUAAGCCUAACCUGUGGUCUCUGUUCUGCCAAAAGGAUGUGAUGAAGCGUUUUCCUUGGUUGCAGGGAAACCUGAUUUAUUCCUGGGCGAUAUCACAAGACGUGUUACGGCUUCUCUUUUCCAUAACUGUAAAUACCCGAAUAUUUAUUAGAAUAGGGCACCAUAUUAUUUUCAUCAUCUGAGCCAAAUAUCUGCGUGCAAUGUAUUUCCUUUCCUUUCUAUCAUGUAAGUUUUGUACAGCUUAUAAAUAAGUAAAAAAAAAAAAGAAAAAAGAAAAAAAUCACUUUUUUCCUAAACUUUUUUAGAGUUGAACUUGGUAAAUAAUGUAGAUCUUUUUUUCCCCCCUCCAGUGUAAUUAAUGCACUCUACUGUUCCAUAAUGCUGUAACUUGUAGAAAUGUUGUAUAUUUAUUUUCCGCUUAUUUAAGUUCCUGUAAAGAUGUUUGGGGUUUUUUUUCCCCUCCUUCUCUCCUCCCUGCCCCUGUAAUAGGUGAUGGAUCACCUCCCAAAGCGCUGUCUUCUCCUGGCGGUGCAACCACCGUGCUUUGGAUAAUGACAUUUAUUAGUGCUUUUUUUUCUCCAAGUGCCUAAGUCCCCACUUCCCAGUAGUGAUUUAGGCACCUCAAAGACUUCAGCAUUAGUGAAAAUCAGUGGGAAUUUGGCUUUUUGCCCACCCCUCUUUUCAAGCUAUGUUUUCCUCCAUCUCAGCCACUUUUUCCCUGGCCCAGCUCAACCAUCAGGUACAUCCACCCCGGUGCACAGGGCUUUGCUGAUGAAUCACAAACUCCUUUCACAGGACCCAGCAUAUGUAGCAUUUUUACUGCAAUUUCCCUGGCUUCCUUGUGUUUUGCACUGAUGAAUUUUGGACAGGGUAAUUGCCACUUUACUUGUGCAAUACUGCUGUAAAUAAUUGCAGAUCUUUUUGUUGUUGUUGUUCUUUCGUUUGUUUUUGUUUUGUUUUCAAAAUGCAAUCUUUUAUGUUCUUAAUAUGAGUUUUAUAUGAAUAAAAACUUUCAACUAUU